GGUUUUUUGGGUCAACUGUUGUAAGAAGUGGAAUAUGACGAAUUUGAAUGCCGUCCCAUUCCACGAAAAAUCGUACUGGGAAGAUAGAUUUAAAAGAGAAAAGCAUUUUGAGUGGUUAUUGACUUGGAAUAACAUAAAAUCAGAAAUCAUUCCUUUUCUUAACGUGUCUGAUGAGAUACUUCAUGUUGGCUGUGGAAAUUCAACACUCGCAUUUGACAUUUUUGAAAGUGGUUACAGAAAUAUCACAAAUGUAGAUUACGCUGAAAAUGUGAUCUCGUACAUGAAGUCUGUCACACAGAAAAGGGAAAUUGAAGCAAAAAUCAAUUAUUCGAGUAUUUCUUGGUAUAAAGGAGACUGUUUAUAUCAUCUGCAGUCCUAUUUACCAAAGAAAGUAUACCCUGUCGUCAUUGAUAAGAGUCUUAUUGAUACAAUUGCAUGCGGUGAUGAUGACAACCAGAGUCGUGUCAAGAGACUUGCAGCAGAAAUCCUCUCUGUGACAGAAACAGAUGGACAUUGGUUCUCAGUAUCUUUUUCAAGUGAACGGGAAUAUCAUUGCCAAAUGAACGCAGAUACAAAUAAUGUUUACCAUUGGAAAACUAAACGUAAAAUACCCAUUCAAGUAACUCAACUCAACGACAAGCCAGGGGCACCGCCAAUUUAUUAUUAUCUCUACAUUAAUCAGAAAAUAAAAGUUACUUAA